AGAAGAAGAAGAAGAAGAAGAAGAAGAAGAAGAAGAAUAGUUUUGGGAAGUCGCUUUUCUUUUUCGCAUGCUCUGAAAGUUAUACAAGAGUCAAGACUCAUUCAUUUGAAAAGCUGUCUCUCGACUGUUAAACAGGUGAGCAAAAUGGCAUUGGUUUCCAUUAAACGGAUUUUGAUCAGCGAAAGUGUGGAUCCAUGCUGUAAGAAGAUUCUGCAGGAUAAUGACAUUCAGGUUACGGAAAAGCAAAACAUGACCAAAGACGAACUGAUUGCUGAAAUAAAGGACUUUGAUGGACUGGUGGUUAGAUCUGCUACAAAAGUUACCGCCGAAAUCAUCAAUGCAGCUGUUAAUCUAAAGAUAAUCGGCAGAGCAGGAACUGGUGUUGACAAUGUGGACGUGGAUGCAGCUACAAAGAGAGGGAUCAUUGUCAUGAACACCCCUAGUGGGAACACUGUCAGUGCUGCUGAACUGACAUGUGCACUGCUGAUCUGUCUCUCCAGACGCCUUCCGCAAGCAGUCAUGUCCAUGAAAGCAGGGAAUUGGGAUCGAAAAUCGUUUAUGGGUACAGAGCUGAAUGGCAAAAUUCUUGGAAUUGUUGGUCUUGGGAGAAUUGGGAAGGAAGUUGCAACCAGGAUGCAGUCUUUUGGAAUGAAGACUAUUGGCUAUGACCCCAUCACCCCCCCCGAUAUCUCUGCUACCUGGGGGGUUGAGCAGAUGUCUCUGGAACAGCUGUGGCCUCAGUGUGAUUACAUCACUGUGCACACACCUCUCAUGCCCUCUACAACAGGACUGUUGAAUGAUGCUUCCUUUGCCAAGUGUAAGAAGGGUGUGAAGGUUGUGAACUGUGCCCGUGGAGGCAUCAUUGAUGAGGCAGCUUUGCUCAGAGCUCUGGAGUCUGGCCAGUGUGGUGGGGCAGGCCUGGAUGUAUUUGUUCAGGAACCGCCGAAGGACUACACCCUGGUGAACCAUGCCAAUGUGAUCAGCUGCCCACAUCUGGGUGCUAGCACCAAGGAGGCCCAAGCACGCUGUGGGCAGGACAUUGCCCUUCAGAUUGUGGACAUGCUGCAGGGUAAAGCUCUUGUGGGCGCGGUGAAUGCCCAUGUGUUGGCCAGCACAUUCUCCCCUGAUUCCCACAAGUGGAUCAAGCUGGGAGAGGCUCUGGGCUUGGUGCUGAGGACAUGCAGUGCUUCCAAGCAACCGUAUGGUCAAGUGCAGGUCACAACUAUAGGAGAAUCCCUGAAAGAUUCAGUUGGCUUCCUUGGGUCAGCGGUAAUGGUGGGGUUUCUGAAGGACAGCCCCAAGAACAGCCCCAACUUGGUAAAUGUGCUGACUCUGGCUCAGGAGGCAGGCAUCAUGAUCAUCAGAAACCAUGCCGAUGGGGACCAGAAGCUGGCCAAGAGCUUAUGUACUGUGGAGAUUUCUGCUGGUGGGUCCAGGUAUGAGGCGACUGGUUCAGUCCAAGGGGAAGUCCCAGUCCUGCUGGACCUUAAUGACAGCAUCUUCAGACAACCUAUCCCUCUCUCAGGGAACUUGCUGUUCUUCAAGGGCAGGACAACUCCUCAGGUUCUGUCCUCUAUUUCUGGUGUAUUGGCCGAUGCUUGUGUGGUGAUGGAGUCAUUCAGUGCAUCGGUGGCCAACAAUGAGGAUCAGUGGUGCUGCAUGGGGUUGUCCUCUGUUCUGGCGGACCUUGGAGCACUGAAGCCUCUGGUGGACGAGGUCACACAGCUAUUUGUGUAAAUGCCUGAGAGAGAAUCAUACUACAGUCUCUAAAGACCUCCUCUCUUAGUCCACAUUGUUGAAAUCUAAUCUUUUUGAGUUGGACCAAUCUUUACCCCAUUGACACUACACUAUUGAACACUGAACUUAAUUUGAGAUUUGGACAUGUUUGGGUCAGAUGUAAAGCGUUUACUCGCUUGGUUUCAAGCCACCUGAAAACAUGUUAGUCACACUUUUUCAAGUCCCUUGACGUUGCAUAUGUCACUUGCAUUUCUCAUUUAAUAAAACCCAUAUGACCAAAAAUCAAA